AUGUCCCAACGCAAGGGCACUGCCGCGCGUUCGGCCGCAGCGUCAUCCAAGGAGUCGGUCCAAGUCGUCGACGCGUCUAUCAGCGCCUCUCCUUCCCUCAGCCUCGCGACCGACCCCCUUCCGACAGUGAGGGUCAACAAAUCUCAUCUUGCGGAGAUCAAGACGUCGCUCGAUGACAUUGUCAAAAAGUCACAGAAGACACCCCGCACUUUCUGCUCGGACAAGCUGACGAAACAGUAUCUCGCCGAUCAGGCGUUUACGCCCUCGCAUUUGCAUGCCACCGUUCAUCUUGUCUGCGGAUAUGCGUCUUGUCUUAUCUCGCUGGGUGCUUUCCUGUACACCUAUCUGAAGGGAAUGUCCUUCGAGGAGAGCAAGCCGUACCUGUGGAUCGGAGUAAUUGCGUACGGCGCGUUCCAAUCUGCUCUAUGGGCUUGGAAGCGAUGGGUUGAACGUGGCGAGGUGUUCCGCGGCCGCCGCCGACGAGUCGUCAAGCGCAUCGAGACCGACCUCAUCCAGAUCCACACGUCGACUUCCCUUCUCCCUCCUCCUGAGCCGGUGCUCAGCGUGUCGCCCAACUCGCGCCCGUCGUCGCCGGUCGACACGACGUCACCCCUCUCUUCUCCCGCCACCCUGAAGUCGACUGCCACACAGCAGCUGAACGGGGACAGCGGUAUCAAGCCGCAUCCAAACGGCCCGACGUACCUCGUCCACCUCACUCUUUCCACGACCUCGAACAACGGCAAGAGCCUGAUCCACAAGGCGCUUGUUGUCUCUGGCAAGCCCGUCGGAGAAGUUGUUGACGACAACGGCGGUGUUGAGGAAGGCGAGGUCACGCGCUGGAUUGCCGGACUGCUCGGUGAGGCGGGUCUUGUUGACGUUGAGGAUGAGGGUCUGAAGGAGGAGUAA